AUGGUUUUUGCGAGUAAAUUUCUUUUUCUUUUUUCCUUCUUUUUUGUCAUUUCACUUCUGUACUUUUUCUCUCAUCCUCUUUUUCUAUUUCUUUUCCUCUUUUUUUUGGCCUUUCUCUUUUUUACUUUUUCUCUCUUUCUCUUUUUUUAUUUCUUUUUUUUUUUUCUCAUUUCCCUCCAUAUCGAUUUUCACUUUCUCUUAAUUCCGUCUCCUUUUAUACCUGAGGAACAUUUCUCUAAUUCUCAUUACCUCUCUUUUACUCAUCCACCCUCUCUUGACAUUUCCCUCUCUAUCGGUUUUCUCUUUCUUUUUUAUUCAUAUUCAUACCCUCUGUCCCUUAGUGAAUUUCCUUCUGCCUCUUUUUUUUCAACUUGCUUCCUCAUCUUCUCCUCCUCCUCUCUCUUCCCAUCCCUUUUCCGCUCUCUCAUUCUCCCCAUCUUACAAAUCAACAAAAGAGAGAUAAGCAUUAAAAAUCAAACCGUAGAAAACGAAUCUAUCUAUCUAUCUAUCUAUCUAUCUAUCUAUCUAUCUAUCUAUCUCAAUCUGUUAAUAUCUAUCUAUCUAUUUAUCUAUCUAUCUAUCUAUCAAUCUAUCCAUCUAUUAAUAUCUAUCUAUCUAUCUAUUUAUCAAUCUAUUCAUAUCUAUCUAUCUGAGUAUGUUCACCAUCUAUCUAUCUAUCUAUCUAUCUAUCUAUCUAUCUAUCUAUCUAUCAAUCUGUUCAUAUCUAUCUAUCUAUCUAUCCAAAUAUUAUGUAUCUAUCCAUCUAUCUAUCUAUCAUAUAUCUAUCUGAUCUAUCUAUCUAUCUAUCUAUCUAUUUAUCUAUCUAUCUAUCUAUCUGAGUAUGUUCACUAUCUAUCUAUCUAUCUAUCUAUCUAUCUAUCUAUCUAUCUAUCUAUCUAUCUGAGUAUGUUCACUAUCUAUCUAUCUAUCUAUCUAUCUAUCUAUCUAUCUAUCUAUCUAUCUAACCCUUCACUUUGA